UACAUCAAUCAUAUUUGGUGUCUCGUACGUUGAGGAGGAUUGGUCGGACAGACUGUCGCACAGUGUUUUUUGUGCAAUACGUCGCGGCGUAUGGAGCCUGCGCUAAAAGAAAGGAGGAGGGUCUUGUGUGGAGUGUUUUUAUUUAUUUCUUUGUUUCCAGUGAAUUAAUAACAACAGCGACUCGUUUUUAUUGAAAAUUGUAUCGUAGGUUUCCUCCCCCCUGUGCGCCAGUAGAAGGUUCGGGGGAAAAAGCUGGAAGAGCCCACUGGGAAAAUUAGAAGGCCCGAGCUAAAAGGGGGAGGAUGAAGCGGCGCAAUGCGGACUGCAGCAAACUCCGGCGGCCGUUAAAACGGAACCGAAUCACCGAGGGCAUUUACGGCAGCACAUUCCUGUACCUCAAGUUCCUGGUGGUGUGGGCGAUGGUGCUGCUGGCGGAUUUCGUGCUGGAAUUCAGGUUCGAGUACCUGUGGCCGUUCUGGCUGUUCAUCAGAAGCGUGUACGACUCCUUCAGGUACCAGGGGCUGGCGUUUUCUGUGUUCUUCGUCUGCGUGGCCUUCACGUCGGACAUCAUCUGCCUCCUCUUCAUCCCCGUUCAGUGGCUGUUCUUCGCCGCCAGCACAUACGUGUGGGUGCAGUACGUGUGGCACACAGAAAGAGGAGUGUGCCUUCCCACGGUCUCGCUCUGGAUACUCUUCGUGUACAUCGAAGCAGCGAUCCGCUUCAAAGAUCUCAAGAACUUCCAUGUGGACCUGUGCCGACCGUUCGCGGCGCAUUGCAUCGGCUACCCCGUGGUGACGCUGGGCUUCGGCUUCAAGAGCUACGUCAGCUACAAGAUGCGGCUACGCAAGCAGAAGGAGGUGCAGAAGGAGAACGAGUUCUACAUGCAGCUGCUCCAGCAGGCGCUGCCCCCCGAGCAGCAGCUCCUCCACAGGCAGGAGCGGGAGGCUGAGGAAGUCACGGCGGCCAAAGGGGUCUCCGACACAGAGCAUCCCCCCACGACCCAGAAUGGGGCCCCCGGCAGGAAGGUCACACCUCCGCUGCCAGAGCUGGAGUACAGGGAGAAGGGGCGCGAGAGCAAGGACAGGGACAGCAAGAAGCAGAGCCUGGGGAUAAACAACAACAUCCUGCAGACGGUGGAGUCCAAGCUGCAGGAGAUCGAGUACAUGGAGAACCACCUGAGUAGCAAGAGACUGAACAAUGAGCUGGCGGGCAGCGCGGAGAGCCUGCUGGCCAAGGACGACGCCGCGGCCAGCGCCUCCAAGAACUACAAGAACACAGCGGGAGGCCCGGGCAACUCGUCGCCCCGCGGCCACGGCGCCACCAACGGCAGCGUGCCCACCUCCACGACCUCCAGCAGGAGCGAGAAGAAGCAGAAGUUCCCGGGGAAGAGCCCGUCAUCCCACAGGGACCUCAUGGAAAACUGCAUACCCAAUAACCAGCUGGGCAAGCCCGAGGCGCUCGUACGGCUGGAGCAGGACAUCAAGAGGCUGAAAGCGGAUCUGCAGGCGAGUCGGCAGGUGGAGCAGGACCUGCGCAGCCAGAUCGGCUCCCUGAGCAGCACGGAGAGGAGCGUGCGCUCGGAGCUCAGCCAGCUGCGGCAGGACAACGAGCUGCUGCAGAACAAGCUCCACAAUGCCGUGCAGGCCAAGCAGAAGGACAAGCAGACCAUCAGCCAGCUGGAGAAGCGGCUGAAGGCGGAGCAGGAGGCCCGGCUGGCUGCUGAGAAGCAGCUGGCCGAGGAGAAGAAGCGUAAGAAGCUGGAGGAGGCCACUGCCGCCCGGGCCGUAGCGCUGGCAGCUGCAUCCAGGGGCGAGUGCUCAGACGCCUUCCGGAGUCGCAUCCGCGAGCUGGAGAGCGAGUGCAAGAAGCUGAGCAUGGACAUGAAGCUGAAGGAGGAGCAGAUCCGUGAGCUGGAGAUGAGAGCGCAGGAGCUGCGGAAGUACAAGGAGAACGAAAAGGACACAGAGGUGCUGAUGUCCGCGCUCUCGGCAAUGCAGGACAAGACGCAGCACCUGGAAAACAGUCUGAGCGCGGAGACCCGCAUCAAGCUGGACCUGUUCUCUGCACUGGGGGACGCCAAGAGGCAGCUGGAGAUCGCUCAAGGUCAGAUCCUCCAGAAGGACCAGGAGAUCAAGGAACUGAAACAGAAGAUAGCGGAGGUGAUGGCCGUCAUGCCGAGCAUCGCCUACACAGCAGACGCGAACAACAUGAGCACCGUGGCCCCACAUUACUCCUCCAAGUUCAUGGACACCGGUCCCUCGGGCCUGGACCCCAACGCGUCCGUCUACCAGCCCCUGAAGAAGUGAAUGCUCACCUUGCAGCCCCCCCCCCCCCCGACCCACCCACCCCUCUGAUGCUGAAGAUGGACGUGUGUGGAAGUUUUUUUUUUUUUAUUUUUUUUUUUUGACUUUUGAUCUAAAAGACUUUGUGUUGUGUGACUGUGCCGUAGUUAAGAUGGAAGAGAGGAAAGGGUCCCUCGACGCCUAGAACUGCUCAAUGUUUUUGUUCCUUGUCGUGUGGGUUUUUUCCCCUGUUUAAAAAAAAAAAAAAAAAAAAAAAAUUAGAAAACCUCACAGAAGUUGCAACCCCCCCCCCCCCCCCUUUCCCCUCCCUUUGGCCGAUGCAAAAUCACCUGUAUGUUGGUUCUUCCAUUGCUCUCUACCGCCUCCUUUCCCUCCCACCCCUUUUACUUCUAAGUGAGUCUGUUACACACAGGAGUACGAAGUCCAUUCAACGCCAGGAACUUAAAAUGAAAAACAAAGGAAUCGGGUGGUUUUCGUGUGUAUAUUUAUGGUGAGAUUGUGUCAUUACAGUAUUCUGAAGUCCUGGGCUUGCACCGCGGAGGCGAGCGGGGGGGUGUGCAUUCAGUGUGUCCCAUCCGUACUCUUAUUUUUCCGUCAGUAUAGUGGUGACAGUGUUGACCUCUUCUGUUUGCCAGGUACCGCUGGCUCUCUUUUUAUUUAAAGAAAAAAAAAAAAAAGCUGUAUUGAAGGUGUACUACCAAAGGACAGGAAGCGGCCAUGACGGUAGAUCUGCGUCCCUUUCAGGGACGUCUGUGUGAGACGCUCUAGGAGGUCUGAGAAGGUAAGGCACAGCUGUCCUCGUCUUUUGGAACAGAUGUCAAAACCAGUGUCCUUCCUCUGUCGGUUCAGAAGAUGCAAAAGUAAAAAAAAAAAAAAAGAUACUGCCUGGAUUUAGCAGAAAUAGUCUUGCACUAAACACUUUUUUUUUUCCUUUACUGGACCAAAUUUAACAGCAGAGUUUCCAGGAAUAUUAUACUACAGCAGAGUACCAGGAUGAUUUUUUUUAAGAGACAAAACUUAAGAUUACAUAUUGCUGGUUGUUGUUAAUCCAGUGCCUUGAUACGGUCUCCCCCCCCCUUUGAUUUAGGAAUCGUCCACUUUUACAUUUUAGAUUAUUGAUCAGAGGCUCUUCUCAGCAGAGGACGCGGCUCUCGUUCCGCCUUUCGCUUGAUAUCACACCCAGUAAGGCGUGCUUUUCAAAAGGGAAAGAAAACCGGAGAUGGAGAAUGCAACCUGUAUUAAUGACCAUAGGAAGCGGCACCAACCAUGUUGGUGCCCCCCCCCCCCUCCCCCACCACACGAAGAAUCGCCGUCUGCUAGUUUAGAGAUCCUCCUCCAAGUGAAUGCCUCGUUUUUAUCGAAAUUCCACUUUCCUUUGCGAUUACGUUUCCACGAUUGUCCUUUCAGUGAUUUCUGAUGUCAAUAUGGUUCAUAAGGUGCUAAGACUAAUAUUGAAGGAAAUUUUUGGGCAACAAAACGUACUCUAAAGGCAAUAAGUAAUCAACCCUUACAUGGGCGCACUUCUUACUCGACAUUGCGGUACAUAUUUCCCGGUUGAAUAACAUCAGCACUAAGACAUAACCAAGUAGUUUGUAGGUUUUGUUUGGAUUAGAUCUUUGUGCGUGUGUGUGUGUGUGUCACAAUAUUGCCCGGAAAUAUCCUGCGAUUGAUGUACAUUUUGCCAUACUUGAAAUCUGAUUUUUCUCCUCUCUCUUUGGGGGGGGGGUGCUUACAUAGGAGAAGUACACUAUGCGUUGUAGUGACAUUUCGGGUUCCUGGAAUUUUGCCACGCCGAAGGAAAAAGAUCCUCUCUGUCCACCGAUGCACGGCCACGUUUAACUCUUCUGAAAUGAGCUGUGCCGCAUUGUCUGUCCUCUCUCGCUGUGGGGUUCACGAAAAAUUAAACAGAAAACCUUGCAGGUGAUGCAAGCUGUUUGGAAAA